CACCAUAAACGAAACCGUUUAAAGGUAGCAUCCGUGAAAGGUAGCCUUAGGUAGGUGCGUGCCAUGAGAAUGCAAUAGGGUCAAUUUUUGUGCCGCUUAUUUCAUUGAAGUCAUGGCGAUUUAUUUGCAGCAGUCAUAAUUGUGUCAAGCACAUCUCGUUUUUCAUUUAGACCGAUCUAUUCGGCGCUGCCACUCUGACCGUGAAACGCGGUCAGCUUUGAAGUGCGCACAAGCUGUCGCCCGUGGUCAAGCAUGCCGCAAGGAUCCAGGAAGGUGCCGUUUAGCGCCAAGCAGAAAAAAAUUCAGUUGCAGCAGAAGCGGGAACGCAAGCAACAGGCGCACGAGGGUGGCGCAGCCCCUAGGUCGCAGCCAGCAGCACAAGUAGCUCCAGCUCAAGAAGAAAAACGUUCUUUGGGUGACGUGAUACGUAUCAACGCCGAAGGAGAUGCCGGGCAGCGAUCCAGCCGGGUAUUUCGUUACUGCCUGCAGUUUCGUAGAGAGACUCCGCAGGAACUCGAAAAACGCAAGAGAAGAGCACGGGAGCCAUACACUCCUCUGGAUGAGUCAGCUUUGGAAGUGAGCCCAGAGCAGUUCUUUUUACCUGGUUCUGCAUUGGAUAUGCCUAAGAGGCCACCAUGGAAUCGAUCUAUGAGUAAAGAAGCAUUAGAAGCUAGAGAGGCCCAGUAUUUUCGAGAGUACUUGGACAAAAUUGAGAACUCAUUUGCUGAUAGAGAGCUGAGUUAUUUUGAACUCAACUUGGAGACAUGGCGCCAGCUUUGGCGAGUCCUGGAGAUGUCGGAAAUAGUGCUUCUAGUUGCUGAUAUUCGACACCCUGUGGUGCACUUCCCACCAGCCCUCUACAUCCAUGUAACUCAAGAACUUGGAAAACGACUUGUGCUGAUUCUUAACAAAGUGGAUCUGGUGCCGGAUACCCUUACGGCUGCUUGGAUAAAAUUUUUUCAAGGGCGUUACCCUGGCUUAGUGGUGCUGCCUUUUGCAUCUUAUGCAGGCAUGACAGCGAAGGGGAAGCGAGGAAAGCGCCAAGGCAGGCUACGCAUGGCCUCUGAAGCCUGUCGAGGGCUUCUUGAUGCCUGCAAAGACAUGGUUGGAGAUCAAGUGGACUUGACCUCUUGGAAGAACAAGAUUGAGGAAGAACUCACUGAGGAGGCAGCAGAUGAUGAUGAUGAGGAAGAGCAUAAUGCACUAGCUUCUGCCCCCACAGAACUUGUAGCUCCUGACACCAGCUUUUAUGAAGAGGAGAGAUUUAAAGGGGGACGUCUCACACUUGGCUUUGUUGGGCAGCCCAAUGUGGGAAAGUCAUCCUUGCUGAAUGCCCUCGUUGGACGUAAAGUUGUGAGCGUUUCACGCACUCCUGGACACACUAAGCACUUCCAAACCAUUUUUUUGACAGACAAUGUGCGACUGUGUGACUGUCCAGGUCUAGUGUUUCCAAGUCUGCAACCCAAGGCACUGCAGGUGCUCACUGGCUGCUUCCCAAUAGCUCAGCUUAGAGAGCCUUACUCAGCCAUUCAAUACCUAGCAGAACGAUUGGAUUUGCCAGGCAUCCUGAAGCUUCCACCACUUGAUGGGGCUGGGGACACUCAGAAGCCUUGGUCAGCUUUUGAUCUUUGCGAAGCCUGGGCUGUGGAAAGAGGUUAUCUGACAGCAAAAGCAGGACGCCCUGACGCCUACCGUGCAGCUAACAGCCUUCUGCGCAUGGCCCUUGAUGGACGAACACUGUGUCUUGCGUUUCGACCGCAAGGUUAUUCACAAAACAAAGGCUCUGAAGUAGACAGUUCUCUGAUGGCUCGACUUGCGAGAAUUCGUGGGGAGCCUCCAGCCAAGAGCGCUUCCUCUGAGAGUGAGCAAGAGGAGAGUGAAGAUGAAGAUAGCGAGGAAGAAGAUGAGGAGGAGGACCACUUCCAAACCAACAAGUUUGCAGCCUUGGCUAACGAUGUAGAGUAGGUGCUAGCACCAUUCGAAUGCAGGAAUAAAAUUAUUUUGGGAAUUUAU